AUGAGUCAAGUUUUUUAAAGGAUCAAAAAUAAAUGUACUUUUGGUACUAAAAGAGCAGAGAAAUUGAUUGAAAAAGAGGUAUAAAAUAAAUAGGUAACUUAAUAUUGCCUAAUGGAUAACUAAUUAGGACUUUUAAAUAAAGAUUACAUUUUUGUAUACAAUACAGAUAUUGGUAAUCUAAGUUUUAUACUAAGAUAAAAGUUAUUUACAAAAUACUCAAAAAUAAUUAUUUAUCAUUUUAGGUUUAUCAAAUUUCAAAAUGUACAUUUGCUUCUUUUUGUUUGUACUGAUAGAAUCGUAGUGUUUUAUAAAAAUCGACUAAUUUUUAAGUAAAAAAUAAAUGAACCAUUGUACAGAUAUGACAAUUUCUAUUAUGACAAAUAUGAAAAUUAUUUCAUAAUUUAAGGGAGAACAAUGGCAGAUAAUUUUAGUUUAUUUAUAGUAAGUAAACUUUUUUAGAAACAUGCAAGUCGAUAUUGUUUAACUCCAAAUUAUCUUCGAUUAGCAUUAGAUUAUAAUUCAAUAUUCUAUGAAACAAAAACAAUCUUUAAAUAAUUAGGAUAGAAUUAUUUGACAAUAGAUUCAAUAUGUAUGCUUCCUUAACAUAAGUUAUUUUUAUAUAAUAAAUAAGAAAAAGAAUUAUAUUUAUGUGAUUUGAAUAAACUUUAUUUAGCAUAUCCAACAUUUGCAUAUUUAGAUGAAUAUGAACAUAGUAUAUUUAAAAUUGAUAAGACAUAAAAUUGUUUACCAUUUUAAUAUAUAAUUGGUGUUUAUAAUAAGGUUUAUGCUGAAAAAAUUGAAUAUCAUAGAAACUAUUUAUUAUUAGUAUAAGAGAAAGAUCCUAUAUCAGAAAUAGUAUGGAAAGAGUAAUACUGUUUAGAGGAAGAAGGAACCUUGAGUUACAUGACAAAAAAUGGAAAAAGAUAUAGAGGAAGAGAUGUGUGA